GAAAUAUUUAGAGUAUAUUAUAUAAGUUUCUGCGAAAAAUAAAUGUUUUUUAAAAAAAACCUUGAAUUCUAACUAAGCAACUUGAAAAUAUGUUCAAAUUUAUUUAUCUACUUUUUGCACUCGUUGCUGCUGCAAAUGCUUAUAAACGAUACGUCAAUCUUCCCGAAGGAGAUGUUGUACAAGGAAAAAAUGCUUCUGGAAUAAUUGUAAGACCAAAAAGUACCUAUCUCGAAGUUGAAUGGCUGGAAAAAUUUGAUUAUAAAAAUUCAUUAAAAAUUUAUUUCAAUUAUUUUUUUGAGGAUUCUGGUGUACGUGAAAUUGUUGAACUUAAUAAUUUAUGCGCUAAAUAUAAAUAUGGCACUUUAAAUAAUGCCGUUAAAAAAUUUGUAUUGGCUAAACUCGGGAAUACCAAUAAAUGUCCAAUAAAAAAGGGUAAAAAGAAAGUCAAAUUUCCAGUGAAAUUUGCCUAUUUGACAAAAAAUAAAAAUUGUGGACCAGUUUUUGCAAUGUUUAACGUCUUUAGAAAUAAUAAAACAGAUAAUAAUACAACUCCUAUGCUAAUUGGUGCAACGUUCAGAGGAACUGUAACUGGUGACGAUUGUUAAUUAAAUAAAAAGAAAAUUGUAUAAUUUUUCAAAAAUGUUUAGAACAAUGUUUUAUAAAUAUGAUCACAAAUAA